CACCGUGACAUUGGCAAAAUCUUCAUUCUAUGUGUUGAUGGAGCCAUAAAAAUAAAAAGUGAAGUGAAGUCAGUCUCUCAGUCUGUCACUCUGACAGAGAUUUGUUUGGUUACGAAUCGCGAGCUUGUUAAAUAUUGUUUUUGUUAUAUUUCCUGUUGAUUUGUUUGAAGAACAUUAGUUUGUCGAAUUCCCAAAAAACAAAGUGAAUGAAAUCUAUAUGAUUUGUUAACUUUCCGUUGAAAAUGGCAGAUGACGACGUACCCUCAGACAGCAGCCUUCUGGUAAUAGUAGUGGACACAAACCCCAACCAAUCAUACAUAUCUGAGGAUCCGAAGGCCCUUACACACGUACUGGAUGCAGUAAUAGCAUUUGCCAAUUCGCACCUCAUGCAGAAGUCGAGAAAUCAACUUGCUGUUAUUGGCUGCCAUUUUCAUAAAAGUGAAUACCUCUACCCAUCACCCGGCAAACCAUUAGAUGUAAGACAAAUUGAUGGACAGUAUGAAUUAUUUACACUUGUUGAGAAAACUAUUAAAAUGAGAUUAGUGAAUCUAAUAAAAAGCCAACCACACGAGGAAAAGCCAGGAGAAUCACUGCUGGCGGGAGCACUAGCUAUGGGGCUUUGCUAUAUUUCCAGAAUGCGCCGCCAGGCGAGUGUCGGCCUGCGCAUAUGCAGCCGUAUAUUGAUCGUCACCGGCAGCACCGACACCGCUGCGCAGUACAUCAAUUAUAUGAACGUUUUCUUCACUGCGCAGAAACAGCAAGUCCUCAUCGACGUGUGCUCUCUAGACAAGCAAUUGAGCUUGUUGCAACAAGGCUGUGACAUCACUGGUGGGCUCUAUCUCAAAGUGCCCUCGCUUGAGGGACUAUUACAGUAUCUAUUGUGGGUAUUCCUCCCCGAAGGCUCGGAGCGCAGCAAACUCGUCCUUCCGGGCAGAGGCCGUGUGGAUUACCGUACCGCCUGCUUUUGCCAUCGAGAACUGCUUACCAUUGGAUAUGUCUGCUCCGUUUGUCUUAGCGUAUUUUGUAAAUUUAGCCCGAUCUGCACAACUUGCCAUACGGUGUUCAAAAUGGCGGGCCCUCUACCUGUCAAACCCAAAAAGAAAAAACUCAAAGUUUGACAGUAUCAAAUUUAUAACUGAAUUAUUUUAGUUUCCUCCCGAUUCCUAA